AUGGCAUUAUUGAUUAUACUGAUUACCUGUUUUGUGAUUAUUCUUUCCCAGACUUGCCAGACCCCUGACGACUUUGUGGCUGCUACUUCUCCAGGACAUAUCAUGAUUGGAGGCUUGUUUGCCAUUCAUGAAAAAAUGUUGCCUUCAGAAGAAUAUCCUAGACGACCAGAAAUCCGGAAAUGUGUUGGCUUUGAAAUAUCAAUAUUUCUUCAAACUCUUGCUAUGAUACACAGCAUUGAGAUGAUCAAUAACUCAACACUACUAUCUGGAGUCAAACUGGGGUAUGAAAUCUACGACACUUGUACCGAAGUCACAGUGGCAAUGGCAGCCACCCUCCGGUUUCUUUCUAAACUUAACUUCUCUGGAGAAUUUGUGGAAUUUAAGUGUAACUAUUCCAGGUAUAUGCCAAGGGUUAAGGCCGUCAUAGGUGCUGGCUAUUCAGAAAUAACUAUGGCCGUCUCUAGGAUGUUGAGUUUACAGCUCAUGCCACAGGUGAGUUAUGAAUCAACUGCCGAAAUCCUAAGUGACAAAAUUCGCUUUCCUUCAUUCUUACGGACUGUGCCCAGUGACUUCUAUCAAACUAAAGCAAUGGCUCAUCUGAUUCAGAAAUCUGGAUGGAACUGGAUUGGCACAAUAACCACAGAUGAUGACUAUGGGCGUUUGGCUCUCAACACCUUUGCAAUUCAGGCUGCUGCAAAUAAUGUGUGCAUUGCCUUCAAAGAGAUUUUCCCAGCCUUCUUUUCAGAUAAUACCAUCGAAGUCAGGAUCAAUCAGACACUCGAGAAAAUUAUUGCCGAAGCCCAAGUUAAUGUCAUUGUGGUAUUCCUGAGACAAUUCCAUGUUUUCAAUCUCUUCAAUAAAGCAAUUGAGAGGAAUAUAAAUAAGGUCUGGAUUGCAAGUGAUAACUGGUCAACUUCUAUCAAGAUUGCUACCAUUCCUAAUGUUAAAAAGAUUGGAAAAGUUGUAGGGUUUACCUUUAAAAGAGGGAAUGUGUCCUCAUUCCACUCCUUUCUUCAAAAUCUGCAUUUAUUACCCAGGCACAAUAACAAACCCUUAAAUGAAUAUGCCAUGCUCUUGUCUGCCUGUGCACAUGCCAACGACAGUGAUUUAAGUCAAUGUAUUUUCAACCAUUCUCUGGGGACUUUGGCCAACACAACUGCAGAAAGGAACUUCUCUCUGAGGAAUGACUUUCUGUGGGAUUAUACUGAGCCAGGAGCGGUUCACAGUAUUCAGCUUGCAGUGUCGGCCCUUGCUUACGCCAUUCGGGAUCUUUGCCAAACUCGAGACUGUCAGGACGCCAACGCCUUUCAGCCAUGGGAGUUGCUUGAUGUCCUGAAAAAUAUGACAUUCACUGAUGAAAAUAAUUCAUUCCAUUUUGAUGCGAAUGGGGAUUUGAAUAUCGGAUAUGAUGUUUUGCUCUGGAAGGAGAUCAACGGUCACAUGACUAUCACCAUGCUCGCAGAAUACGACCUUCAGAAUGAUGUCUUCAUCUUUACAGACCAAGGCACAAAAAAUGAGUUCAGGAACCUUAAGAAAAUUGAAUCUAAAUGUUCUAAAGAAUGCAGUCCUGGACAAAUGAAGAAAACUACGAAGAGUCAACAUACUUGCUGCUAUGAAUGUGUGAACUGCCCUGAAAAUCAUUACACUAAUCAGACAGAUAUGGAUCGCUGUCUUUUAUGCAACAACGAGACGCACUGGGCCCCUGUCAGGAGCACCACAUGCUACGAGAAGGAAGUCGAAUUUCUCAGCUGGGAUGACUCCCUGGCCAUCCUGCUCCUUGGCCUCUCCCUGCUUGGAAUCCUGUUUGUUCUGGCCAUUGGCAUAAUAUUUACAAGAAAUCUGAACACACCCAUAGUAAAAUCAUCAGGAGGGUUGACCGUCUGCUAUGUCAUCCUCCUCUGUCAUUUUCUCAACUUUGCCAGCACUGGCUUUUUCGUCGGGGAACCACAAAACUUCACAUGUCAAACCAGGCAGACUCUGUUUGGAGUUAGCUUCACCCUCUGCAUCUCCUGCAUUUUGAUGAAGUCCCUGAAAAUUUUGCUAGCCUUCAGCUUUGACCCCAAGUUGCAGAACUUCCUGAAGUGUCUCUACAAGCCUGUCCCCAUUAUCCUCACUUGUACAGGUGUCCAGGUUGUCAUCUGCACACUCUGGCUAAUUUAUGCUGCACCCGUGGUGGAGGAGAAUGUCUCUCUGCCCAGAGUCAUAAUCCUGGAAUGUGAGGAAGGGUCCAUACUUGCUUUUGGCACCAUGCUGGGCUAUAUUGCCAUCCUCGCCUUCACUUGCUUCAUAUUUGCCUUCAAAGGCAGGAAAUUGCCUGAGAAUUAUAAUGAGGCCAAGUUCAUAACAUUUGGCAUGCUCAUUUACUUCAUAGCUUGGAUCACAUUCAUCCCUGUUUAUGCUAACACAUUUGGCAAGUACCUCCCAGCAGUGGAGAUCAUUGUCAUCUUGAUAUCAAAUUAUGGGAUCUUGUGCUGCACAUUCUUCCCCAAAUGUUAUGUUAUUCUUUGGAAGCAAGAGACCAACACGAAAUCUGCCUUCCUCCAGAUGAUCUACAGUUACUCUUCCCACAGUGCAGGCGUCCUUGCCAUGAGCCAAGCUUCACUGGAUUCUGCCACCAGCAGCAUCAUGAGAGUCAACUCCAGUACUGGUGGCAAGCCUGCAGCCUCACAGAAAAGCAAAGACUUGCAGACACAAGCAUUUGAACACAUGCACAGAGAAAAUAGUCUGAGAAUAUAUAAAACUUUGCCUAGAAAAAGAAUUUCAAGCAUAUGA